UAUCUUGAGUUACCUUGUACAAUUGCUGGUACUCGUAGCACGUUGAAGUCGUCUCUCUCCACCGAAACCGUGUAGCACUUGCCCAGCCUUCCUUGCCUGCGCUCAGUUUGAACGACCCGCUUAGCCCAGAACAUGCCUUAAACUUCUUCAUGCAUUUUAGGAUAGCCAAAUGAGUCAACUGGCGAGCCUGGCGCCUCAGGUGCAAACUCGCGCUGAGGGCCUGACCGGCAUAACGCCAGCCGGUGACACGCUUCGCGUUCGUGAAGUAUGGGCAGACAAUAUGGAGGUGGAGUUUGCGCUGCUGCGGGACAUCGUGGAGGACUACCCCUACAUCGCCAUGGACACGGAGUUCCCGGGCGUGGUUGCUAAGCCAAUUGGCACGUUUAAGAGCAGCAGGGAGUACCUGUACAAGGCAUUGAAGAUGAACGUGGACAUGCUGAAGCUCAUACAGCUGGGACUGACCCUUACCGACGCCAAGGGUACCCUGCCGCGAGCAGCCAACGGCGAGCUUUGCGUGUGGCAGUUUAACUUCAAGGGCUUCAAGCUCUCGGACGACGUCUACGCGCAGGACAGUAUUGAGCUGCUCAAGCAGUCGGGGAUCGACUUCGCGCUGCAUGAAGCGCGUGGCAUUGACGUGCACCGCUUUGGCGAGCUGCUCAUGACCUCGGGCAUCGUCCUGAACGACGACGUGCGCUGGAUCACGUUCCACAGCAACUACGACUUCGGGUACCUGCUCAAAAUCCUCACCUGCCAGCCCCUGCCCGGCACGGAGCAGGAGUUCUUCGAGCUCCUCAACAUCUAUUUCCCCAACAUCUUCGACAUUAAGUACCUCAUGCGUUACUGUGACAACCUGCACGGCGGGCUGAACAAGCUGGCGGAGAUGCUCGACGUGCAACGCAUCGGCCCCCAGCACCAGGCCGGCUCGGACAGCCUCUUGACAUCGGCCACGUUCAUCAAACUGGCUAACAAGUACUUCCACGGCAUUGACGGCGCUUCCAAACACAUGGGCGUGCUGUUUGGCCUGGGCGUGGACGGUGCACCCGAGUCGAAGGGCCAGGACAACGGCUCGUGAGGGAGCGAUCAGGAUGGACCGCCACUGAGGGUGCGGAUUGGCAGCAGUGUUGGUUAUGCCACCGGCCAUGCAUCAUAUGGCCGCGGGCAUGGACAAGACGUCUGAACCUAAGUGGCCGCACGCGCAGGCCGUGCUAGCGGAGUGUGCAGGGCCCAUGUAUGCAAUACUACACUAUUUUCAUGAUGCCAAGUCGCUAAGUGGGUGAUACUGGGCAUAUACGGCAUUGUUUGUGUGCGGAUGUGCGCGUGUGUGACACAUGGCGGAGCAGGAACAUGUACGUGUGUUACAAGUCUUGUUUUUGCCGCCAGCAACCAGUUUGCGCCUGCAAGGCUGGACACGAUGGACCACCAAGGAUUGUUUGCUAAGGUUUCUGGGUGCCGUGGACGGGAUGGAAGGAGACAUUUGAUUCACGUGGUUUUGGUGUCACGACAGUGCCGGCAUCUCAGUCGAUUUUGCUUCAGGUUUGUUGAAGGCAAGCGGGAACGGAUUGGAACUCCAAGGAGGGGCGAGGCAUGAUGUCUGCUCAUAGCGUUUGGGAUUGAGGUGGCACACCAUUUACCUGCCCAGGCGGGAGCGUUGCGGCAGGGCGCGGCGGUCAUAUGGGACGUGGCGGGAGAGACCAGGGCGAACUUUGCUGCCACACUCUUUCCGACCCGUCAGCGACACAUCCCAACGCGCACCGGCUUCGAAUGAUGUAAGGAUAAUCCCAU